AGGGUCAAUGGUCAAUGGUCAAUAGCGCCUUGAUCGAAACAACCAAUACAAUUUUCAUCUCCAUCAUCACCUAUUGCUUCCUAGAGCUCAUCAUUCAAGCAGCAAAGCUCAUCCAUUCCGACUUCACUUCUUCAACUCCUCAUCUCAAUCAAAUCGAGUCCAUUCCUCGAAUGUCUUCUACGACUAAAAUGUCUCUCGAAGACCCAAAUGCAAUUGUCAAAGUCCUUGCUUGUGAUGGUCGAACAGGUGAACAACGCGAGAUUGGUUACACUGGUACUCAUGUAGUCGGUAAUGGUAGUUUUGGGGUCGUCUUCAGUGCUAGAUUGAUUCAAGGUAGUGUUCAUCCUUCUGGUGAAGAGGACGUAGCAAUCAAGAAAGUAUUACAAGAUAAACGUUUCAAGAAUCGAGAAUUGGCGAUCAUGAAGUUACUCACUCAUCCAAAUGUGGUCGAUCUACGAGCUUACUUCUAUUCUACUGGUGAUAAGCCUAAGAGGGAUGAAGUCUUUCUCAAUCUAGUGAUCGAAUACGUUCCCGAGACUGUCUAUCGCGCGUCUCGUCAUUACUCCAAGUUGAAGCAGGUGAUGCCAAUGCUUAACAUCAAGCUUUAUAUGUACCAACUCUUACGUUCACUCGCCUACAUUCACUCUCUUGGAAUCUGUCAUCGUGAUAUCAAACCUCAAAACUUGUUACUCAAUCCUAUGACUGGGAUUCUCAAGCUAUGUGAUUUUGGAAGUGCCAAGAUCCUUGUGGCGGGCGAGCCAAAUGUCAGUUACAUUUGUUCGAGAUACUAUCGGGCCCCAGAGUUGAUCUUUGGAGCUACAAAUUAUACUACCAAUAUCGAUAUCUGGUCUACAGGUUGUGUGAUGGCUGAGCUGAUGCUUGGUCAGCCAUUGUUUCCUGGGGAGUCUGGAAUCGAUCAACUUGUAGAGAUCAUCAAGGUACUCGGUACUCCUACCCGCGAACAAAUUAAGACUAUGAAUCCAAACUAUAUGGAACAUAAGUUUCCUCAAAUCAAAGCUCACCCUUUCCCAAAGGUCUUCCGACCUCGCACUCCUCAUGAUGCUAUCGCUCUUGUAUCGCGCCUACUCGAGUACACUCCUGCUUCUAGAUUGACAGCUAUUCAAGCGAUGUGCGAACCGUUUUUCGAUGAGCUACGAUUACCUGAUACAACACUCACCAGCGGAAAGCCUCUACCGCCUUUGUUCGAUUUCACUGCUACCGAACUAAGUGUCCAACCUGAUCUGAUUUCGAAGCUUGUGCCUUCACAUGCCGAAGCAGAAUUAAGGAGUCGAGGGAUCAAUGUUGAAAACUUUGAACCGGUUCCUUUACCGAAGUUCUCACUUGAUUGAGCGAAUCCAGCAAAGCUUCAGUUUCCCUCAAGAAUCAUCACUGAUCUCAGGUUCGAUCAUCCUUAAAACAUGAUAUACAUUUAGAAGACUGUCAAGAAGUUACUUUCUUUGUAGUGGGGAUGACGAUGCUAUCUUUGUGGGGAUUGAUUAAGGCGAUCAGAUUAUUUUAUCGUCAAUAUUUUUCCGGAAUUUCAUUCAACUUUUUUUUCCUGUUUGUUAUUUUGGGAGAGGAGGAGAGGAGUCUUUACUCCCUUGAUAUGUGAUUUGUUCAAGAUCUUUUUUUCUCUUUUUCAUGCUAUGAACUUCCUUUUUUUAUUCUAUUCAGACAGAAUCAAUAAAUCCCCUAUCCUCCUUAUUCCUUUUGAUCUUUUUUUGUCUAUUGUGUGUUUUAAUGACUGAGUAUAGUCUACAAUGAAAAACAGAAAGGUUUAAAGAAGAAGAAGAACAAGAAAUGAUUUGAUACAAUGUAUUUCUCCUUUUUCCUUUUCUCUAUAUUUUUUAUAUGAUUUUUUUCUAUCACACACACUCUCUUUCUUUCAUUUUUCUUAUCUUGUUGGAUGAAUUAUGUUUUUUUUGUGCGAUGAGAAGAGAAGAAAACAAAAGGAAGUCAAAAGGCAAAAAGGAAAGGGAAUUUUGAUGUUUAUAAAAGAGAGUGAAAGUAGGUUUUUUUUAAAUCAGUUUUUUAAAGAACAAAAAAAUCUUGGUGGUUUUCAUAAAUUGUUAUUUGAAUGUUAUAUAACACACAUGCACACAGACUUAUGAAUAUACUUAUGAAGUUU